GACUACGUGGAGACAACGAUGAACGAACUGCUGGGCUGGUAUGGCUUGCCCAAGAUGGAUAAAGCUGACACAGGUCACUUGGCCCUGGCCUCGCUUCCCUCACCGGCCUUCAGAAAACAAGCCCAGCCCUCUGCCACAUCAACCACCUGCCCUACGAGUAAUAACUCCACGUCCAGCAAAGAGAGACGAAACAGCAGUAACAGCAACAACGGUAGCAAUAACUGCAAAGCUAACAGUAACAGUGUCGAAGAUAGUUCUGAACACCCACCCGCGACCAAAGACGCGCUCAAGCGCUCUACCAGAUCCCCACACAAAGCAAACCUGACACCCCCUUCGGUAUUUAACAACGACGCCAACAAUAACAGUAGUAGCUGUGGCCCUGACGACGAUGAUGAUGACCUAGAUGAUGACGAAGACGACGAUGAUUUUAAUGAGCUUCGAGAAGAGAUGGAGGAGUUGAGAGAUACUGGGAGUGUGGCCAGUGACAUCAGCGCAGGGAGGCUCGUGUCGCCUGUUAUGUUAGGGGGAGGUAUGCGACUGGUGCAAGCACGUGCGCCACACCGUCAACUUCGUAGACUUCCAGGAGGGAGAGGUUCAAGUCCAAUUCUGCAGCGAGAAGUGCCUGAACCAGUACAAGAUGAACAUCUUUUGCACAGAGGCCAGGCAACACCUGCAGCACAUCCAGAACCUGGCAGGGGAGGGCGCUGACAAGGGUAAAGGGGACCGCGCUCGCGAGAAGAAAAAGGGAGAGAUACUGAUCACUCCAGAACUUUGGUUGUCUAACGGCGGCGGGCAUGAUGAUGUUUGUGUGAAGAAGGAGGUGGGCGUGGAUGGAGAUGCGAGGGAGGGACAAAGCAGAGGUAAAAGAGGGGAGGGAGAUUAUGGAGUGAGGAAGGGACGGGAUGAAGAGGAAGGGGAAGAAGAAGAGGAGGAGGAGCCGGGGGAGUUGAGAGAAAGAGAGAAAGAGAAGUCGAGGAGGGAGACUGCGUUAGAGAUGAGUGUGAGAAACGCCUUGAUCAGCGAGGAGAGUAACAAUUCCAAUGAUGAUCGCUUCAGAAAGGAGAUGUCCUCCCCAUCAAAUCUGAACAGGAGACGGAGUCCAAGCAAUGGCGGUAGUUCUGUGUCGCCUAUGUUAAAACCUGUGGACAAGACAUCCAGCUCUGAGAACAGAUUCCGGAGAGACAGAGAGCGGAUAAGGAAACUGAUGGUGGAAGGAAAAUACCGAGAAGGGCGAGCAGGGGGUGCCUCAACUUCUGGUGGGUUUAGAGACAAGCCAGAGCGGCUGACGACAAGUCAAGGACAUUCGAGAACUCAUCAUGCUGGGUUAUCGCCUCUGUCGUCGUCAUCGCCGUCAUCUUCUCAAGCGGCGGUGAGCAGCAGCAACAGCAAUAGCGCCGAACAUGCGGCCGCUUCCUCUCUCAUCUCUAACUGGGCAACGUCUCAGCUGUUAGCCAUGAUGCCCGGCCACCUGGGUUCAGCCCUCCCGAAUCCUGGUGUUAACCCUAAUCUGGUAAAACUGGGUUACGACUCUAGUCCCCUUCUUUACUCUAGUCUCUUCGGUCCGACCCCAAUGUUGUUACCCUCCGCCCAGAAAGACGCUGUUGCCAUGACAGCGGCUGCGGUAGCGUCAUCCAAUCAGCUCCGGUCCCGUCACGAGUCCAGGCGAGAGCUGCUCAGAGACCGAGACCGAUCUCGAGAGUCGUCGGAAAGAGGAGAGCAGCGUAAACGAGACAACACGAACGAGAGGUCGUCUACUGCGUCGGCAGUACCUCUGUCUCCCUCUUCCACGUCGCACUCCUCCGAGGGCACCCCAGGACCUUCAACUGCGAUGACCACCAUGACGCCAGGUAUGAUAAAUCACCACGGCCUCCCCCCAGGAGGGCAGCUCCCAAGCUCCCUAAUGACGGAGAACUCCCGGCAUCACUUCCCGCCCCACCCUUUUCUAACAGGUGAGGUAAAUCAGAACGUACCACUGGCCCACUACUUCAUGGAUCCUGCCCUAGCGGGGAUGUUCCCGCUGCCGUUCCCACCACACACACAACCCCAACCUUCAACAGCGCACCCGCCUCUGAGGCCAGUUGUUCCCCAUCAAAAUCCGGGUGCGCCUGGAGGGAGCACCAUGUCGGGUGGGACGUCUGCCCAGCCUGGAAGCAGUACGCAGUCGUCUACUCCCGCACAACCCGCUGCUCCUCCUCAUCCAGGAGCAGCACCCGCAGCGCACCCUCCUCUCCUCCCCCUCCCAGGUUUCCCACCGCCGUCUAACGGUCUCCCUCCCGUCACGGUUCUGGUUCCCUAUCCAUUUGCCGUUCCCGUCCCCGUCCCCAUCCCCAUCCCUCUCCCCAUAAGUCCCGAGAAGCUGGCGAAUUAUUUCAAAGAGAAACAAGAAGCGAACAAGACGCCGGCCACAACAUCCUCGAACUCCUCCCAACGGUGUCCGCCGAACGAGGUGUUCGAGCGCAGGUCAAGGUCAUCCAGCGAAGCGAGGUCAAGAACGUCCAGUGUGGGUCACACUAUCAACCCAAGCCCUUCCGCUUCCCCUCACCUGUCCUCCUCCAAGUGUUCUCCGAUUGGUCCUUUCGUCCCUGGCCCCUCCCUGCUCGAGUCUCCGGAUGCUGGACUUGCUCUCCCAGGAGGGCGUGAAUCAGCGGAUUCUAUCAUGACGCUGAGGAGAGAGAUCGGCCGCAGCAGUCACACGCGGGACUCUAUCUCUCCCUCUUCCUCCACGGGAGGACACAAGCGAUGUUUCACACCUCCCCAUCACACCUACUCCCUCGACCUGUGUAAGCGGCCUAGACUCGAAUGUCCCAUUCAGCACGACGAAAACGAAGCCAUGGACCUCAGUAAGAUGUCCUCUCGAUCUAGUUCGCCGAGAAAGUCUCUAGAAUCGUCAGAAAGAGACAAUAACAGAACCGCUGUCAAAAGCCCUGCAUCUGUCACGGAUGUUGACUCGGAUUCUUCAAGUCUGCCCCAGAAUCUGAAAGUUCCCCGAAUUCACAUUGUCUCAGAGCGGAGUGAGCCGCCUUUGUACCAGCCCUCAGCUUCCAUCCCCCUCCCACCCCUGACGCCAGAUCCGUCAAGCUACUCUAGUAGGCGGAGUCGAAUCUUAGACGCACCCAAUGUACCGAAGAAGUCUCGUAGCCCCUCCCCCGAAAGGCGAUACGCACGGACGGUACCACGUGACAUGGUUGAGGCUGCCAGAAGGCGUGGCUUACGCGCCAGAGUGAGGACAAAGUGACUGAAAAAAUAGCAGGAAGAGCAGAAUUGGUUCUUUUUUCUUUUUUUCCCGAGGUGAAUAAUAAUAUGUAACAUGUCACCAGUUUGUUACGAUGCAUUUUUGUUUGUUAUGGAGCGAUUCUCUAGAUGCUUGUUUAUUACACAGAGAGAACACGUGUGUUCGAGAGAUACAGAAAUAGUGAAGAGAGAGAGAGAGAGAGAGAGAGAGAGAGAGAGAGAGAGAGAGAGAGAGAGAGAGAGAGAGAGAGAGAGAGAGAUCGUCUGCUUGUAUUGGCUUUUGGGGAGUGUAUGUUUUGAGUGCACGUGUAUACACGUAAGAGAGAGAGGGUGGGGGAGAGAAAAAGAGGGGAGAGAGAGAAAGAGAGA